AUGAUCAUGAUAUUGAUGUUGAAAGAGUGUGAUGGGCAGCCUAGUGGAUCACAAACCAACCAUGUCUUCAAUGAUGGAACUGAUUUUUACAUCGGGCAAACAUUCGAUAGCAAGGAACAGUUAAAAAAUUUGUUGAAGAAAGCUGCAAUAAAGAGGCCGUUCGGAUUUGUACCGAUCAAGAGUAAUAUUAAAUACUAUAAGGUGGAAUGCACAUCUCCUAAUUGUGGCAGGAUGUUGCGGUGUAGUAAGUACGAGAUCUCGAAUAGGGUUCGCAUUUACAAGUACGUUGGGGAGCACGCUUGGGGUGUUGAACAUGUUACGAGCCUUCAUAAGCAUGCCUCGUCACAUGUCAUUGCAUCAGUCUUGAUGAAUGACUAUAUUGAAAACAAAGGGUCGUCGACAAAGGAAAUCCAGAGGACGGUUUUCAGGGAAUUUCAUUGUAAACUGAGCUACUGGAAGUGUUGGAAGGCUGGUAUAAUUGCUAAGAACUGGGUUAGGAGGUUACCGGAUCAUGGGUACGGUUGCUUACUAGCUUAUUCUUACAUGGCUGAGAGUCUAAAUUCGAGUUCUAGAAUUUGCAUUAGGCUUGCGGAUGACAACAAGUUUUUAUAUUACUUCGUGUCUCACGCAACUUGCAUUCGAGGAUAUACCCACAUGAGAGAGGAGUGUGAUGAUUCUUGGACCUACUUCUUCCAGCAGCUCAAGUUUAUAAUCACCGAUGAACCAGACUUGUGCAUCAUCUCUGAUAGACACAAGAGCAUAGCCAGCUGUAUUUCCAGGACCUAUGAGCAUGCAUAUAGUUACGAGGAGUUCAAUGAACAUUUUCAGCAAUUCAGGAAUAAAAGCCCUGAAGCAACUCAGUGCCUUGAGUUUGAGAUUAGAUUUGAAAAGUGGAGCAGGGCAUAUUUUCCAGCCAACAUGUACGAUAUUCUCACCACAAACAUUGCCGAGUCGCUUAAGUCAAUGUUGAGGGAUGAAAGAGAGUACCCCGUGUCUGCCAUAUUCACUUCCAUUUCUAAGAGGUUUACUAAAAUAUUCAGGCAGAGGCGUGUAGAUAUCGGUGAUUCAAAUAAUAUAUUUAUGCCUUUGGCUGAAAUAACGUUAAGGGAAAAGAUGACUGAGGGCGAUUCCUUGUUUGUCAGUAAUAUAAAUGGGGAUGCCGAUGAGUUCAAUGUUAUCGGGAGUGGCAGAACUGCCAAAGUCAAUCUACUGAACAAAACAUGUUCUUAUAGAGAGUAUGACUUGGUGAAAUUAUUGUGCGCUCACGCCAUGGCAGCCUUGAGAUUGAAAUAUGGAAAUAGAUAUGGUUCAAGCAUCUACAAGUAUUCUUCACCGAUGUAUAAAGUUCAAUCUUACAUCCUUGCAUUUGCUGAAACUAUCAAUGUAGUUCCUCCAGAGUCUGAAUGGGUUGUGCCCGAGAAGUAUGCAAAGAUGUACAUUGCUCCACCUCUUUAUGAGCCCAAACUUGGAAGGAAGAGAAUAAAGCGUAUCUCUGGCAUCACAAAUCUUUUAAGCCCAGAGGACGUGUAA